GCGGUCAGCGGGAUGCGUCGGGUGGUGGAAUGGGAAUUGGGUGGGGGGGAGGACACGGCUGGGCUGAUCCUUCUGCCCCCCACCCCCGCAGCAUUAAGGACUGUAAAUGGCAGGAGAAGAACAUAGUUGUGAUGGAAGAAGUCGUCAUCGCCCCCCCGUACCAGGUGGAGAACUGUAAAGGCAAAGAGGGCAGCGCGCUGGGGCACGUACGCAAAAUAGUCGAGAAACACUUUAGAGAUGUGGAAAGCCAAAAGGUAAUGCAGCGUUCACAAGCACAGCAAACACAGAAGGAGAGCGCCCUGUCGUCCUGAGGCCUGCCGGCACCGAUGUCCUCCCUGGGGAACGGGGCAGCUCGCCGAUUCCAAACCUUAGACUUUAAAAC